AUGGAGUGUAAAGCCCAGUUUCGUUCGACGGAGACAUUUUUUUUUUCUUCAUUUUACAGUUCUUUACCAUUCUUCCGCCUUCCUAACGGGCCAAACCCGGGCCGACGUGCAUUCCAGCUUGGGCGAUGUCAGGCUGUUUCAAUUCAGUGCUACCUGUCUGUCUGGGUCACAGCCACCUCUUUCGAUCACACCGACCAGUCCCCUCCGACCAGUCCCCUCGGCCCUCCUUUCCUCAAUGUUGAUGGCUUGGCUAAUGCCAUUAGGCCACGCCUCCCCUUCAACUCCUCGUCUGUUUUCACUUUCCUUCCUUUUUCUCCCAUUCUUUCGCUUUCCUUAGCUUUUCUCCUCGGCCACCUCCUUCAGUGUUGGGAAAUAUUUCUGCUCCACCUCUCCCACACUCAUACUUUCUUUCUUUUCUUUCUUUUUCUUUUCUUUCUUUCUUUCUUUCUUUCUUUCUUUCUUUCUUUCUUUCUUUCUUUCUUUUCCUUUCCUUCCGACACAAGGGCACAAUAG